UUUGUUUGGCAUUAUUGAGUGCGCGCACUUUUAUCAUAUCAGUCUAGACAAUUGCUCAUAAGUCAUAAAUACUAGUACAAAACUUCUUCAAUAGGUCAAUCUUAUGUUUAUAACGAGUAAAUAUCAUAAAUAAUAAUUUAUAAGAAGUUAACGUUUGUCGAAAUUAUCAUUAAAAUUUCAGAAAAGUGAAACACAGUGCAUAUACAGUUCUAUGAGAAAUGGGGAAUAUAUCAAAACAAAGAGUAUGCAUUAUUGGCGCCGGGCUAGCCGGGCUGACAUCUGGGAAAUACCUGCAGGAUGAAGGCAUCAAUUUUAUCAUACUAGAAGCUACGAAAUACUUCGGCGGGACCUGGCGUUACGAUCCCAGGGUCGGAUAUGAUGAAAACGGUUUACCUUUGCACACAAGCAUGUAUAAACACUUAAGGACAAAUCUACCAAAGCCCACAAUGGAACUGAGAGGCUUCCCUGUACCAAAAGAUAUGCCAUCCUUUCCGAAGUGGUCAAUUUAUUACGAAUAUAUCAAAGACUAUGUAAAACAUUUCGGCUUAGAAAAGCGCAUAAUGUUUGAACACAACGUGGAACUGGUUUCGAGAGUUGGAGAUGCAUGGAGGGUGAAGUACAAGAAUUUAGUUUCGGGAGAAAACUUUGAGCAGGAAUUUGAUUUUGUCAUCGUCGGGACUGGUCAUUACAGCGAUCCUAAUCUGCCGGAUGUACCUCAUGAAGACCUUUUUAAAGGCACUAUAAUGCACAGUCACGACUACAGAGAGCCGGAUCGCUUCAAGGAUCGUCGAGUUCUGAUCGUUGGUGCCGGACCUUCAGGGAUGGACAUAGCCAUAGAUGUGGCUUACGUCAGUAAAACCCUCGUCCACAGCCACCACAGCCCCGGCUUCGGAACCGAUUCCUUCCCCCAACAUUACAUCCAAAAACCGGACAUACGAGAGUACAAUGAGACCGGCGUCAUAUUUAAAGAUGGUACCUACGAGGAGAUCGAUGACGUCAUUUAUUGUACGGGAUACAAAUAUAAUUACACAUUCUUGGACGACAGCUGCGGUCUGACCGUGACUCCUCGCAGCGUGACUCCGCUCUACAAGUAUAUGGUGAAUGUCAACCAGCCCACUAUGAUGGUUAUGGGCUUGAUAGUGAAGGCCUGUGUUGUAGUCGCUUUGGAUGCACAAUCGAGGUACGCUACGGCGUUGAUAAAAGGAAAUUUUACAUUGCCACCAAAAGAAGCGAUGAUGGCCGAGUUUCAAAAUCGCUUGGACGACGUCAUGUCUAAGGGGCGUCCUAUAUCGGACGUACAUUUUUUGUCCGACAAAGAAGACGACUACUACAUGGCAUUGACGGCAGAAUCUGGUAUAGACAGAGUGCCGCCAGUGAUGUUCAAGAUACGAAAAGUAGACACUAAGGCAAAACUAGACGAUAUUUACACGUACAGGAACUACGCCUACAGUGUCAUUGACGACAGCAAUUUUGUAAGAACACUAGAGAAUAAUACGUGAUUAAUAAAGAACCAUCAUAUUUAUUUUAUUUUAAACAAAUAUCGAUGUGAACAUGCUGUACAUAUGUGAAGUAAUCUGGUGUGACAGAUUAAAAAUAAUAAUUAUGAAA